CUCUGAUUCUAUUGGAUAAUCUGAAACACACCUCUUUUUUUGGUCCCCAUGUGUUGAGUGUUGUGUUGAGUUGGUGGAACUAUUCGUACUGUUGUUAACGUGAUAUUGACAAAAAGUGAAAAUGAGUGGAAUAAGCCGACGUGUGACUAAACUUGCGACGACCUGUUUGUGUCGGCCUUUUCAAACGGGGGCAGUGAAGCAGGGCAACGUGAUAGGGCCCAAGUCCCAGGCAGUGUUUACGAGGGAGGGCAAGUACGGAGCUCACAAUUACGGACCGCUGCCGGUUGCAAUCAAUAAAGGAAAAGGUGUGUUUGUGUGGGAUGUGGAAGGCAACAGGUACUAUGAUUUCCUCAGUGCAUACAGCGCCGUGAACCAAGGACACUGUCACCCAAAGAUUGUUGCAGCGCUGAAGGAUCAGGCGGACAUCCUGACCUUGACCUCACGAGCUUUUUACAACAAUGUUCUUGGGGAAUUUGAAGAAUACAUUACAAAGAUGUUCGGAUAUGACAAAGUCUUGCCAAUGAACACAGGAGUGGAAGGUGGUGAAACUGCUUGCAAACUAGCCAGGAAAUGGGGAUACCAGGUGAAAAAGAUUCCCGAAAAUAAGGCCAAAAUUGUGUUUGCUGCUGGUAACUUCUGGGGGCGUACGUUGGCAGCCAUCUCCAGCUCCACUGAACCCUCAAGUUACACUGGAUAUGGACCCUUCAUGCCAGGAUUUACGAUUGUUGAUUAUGACAAUGUUGAACAGUUGGAGAAAGUGCUCAGCGACCCAAACACUUGUGCAUUCAUGGUUGAACCAAUCCAAGGAGAGGCAGGAGUGGUGGUGCCCUCUGAUGGCUAUCUGAAGAAGGUCAGAGAACUCUGUUCCAAGUAUAAUGUGCUUUGGAUUGUUGAUGAGGUACAGACUGGACUGGCUAGGACGGGAAAGAGACUUGCUGUUGACCAUGAAAAUGUGCGGGCCGACAUUGUCAUUCUCGGCAAGGCACUGUCAGGUGGAAUCCUGCCGAUUUCUGUCGUACUUGCUGAUGAUCCAGUGAUGUUGACCAUGAAACCCGGGGAGCAUGGAUCCACCUUUGGUGGCAAUCCUCUCGCAGCUAAAGUAGCCGUGGCCGCUCUAGAGGUUCUUGAAGAAGAAAAUUUGGCCGAGAAUUCUGAGAAAAUGGGUGCAUUAAUGCGACAAGAGCUGUCAACAUUGCCUAAAGAAGUUGUGAGCAUUGUGCGUGGAAAAGGAUUAUUAAACGCAAUUGUCAUCAACCCUAAUUGGAAUGCUUGGGAUGUUUGUCUCAAACUGCGGGAUAACGGCCUGCUUGCCAAGCCAACUCACGGUGAUAUUAUCCGGUUUUCACCACCUCUCAUCAUCACCGAAGAACAGAUGCAGGAAUGUGUAGAAAUCAUCAAGAAAAGCAUUCUAAACUUCAAGUAAUAGGAAAAUCUCUCGUCAUCAAUGAAGACCUGAUGCAUAAAUGUGUGGAAAUUAUCAAAACAAAAGAAACAUCCUUUGGCUUUAACUAAUAGACCUCAAUACUUACUGUCAAAUGCCCUUGAACUUGCUGUCAGUUGACCUUAAUACCUGCUGUCAGUUGACCUUAAUACCUGCUGUCAGUUGACCUUGAAACUGCUCAGUUAACCUUGAGAACUGUUGUAAAUUGACCUUGAAACUACUGGCAGUUACCUUGAAACAUGCUGUCAGUUGACCUUGAAACAUGUCAGUUGACCUUGAAACUGCUAACAGUUGACCUUGAAACCUGCUGUACACCUUAAAGCAAUAUGCCAGUUGGCCUUGCUGCUUUGUCAGUAGAGCUUGAAGCUCUGAGUUGACCAUGCUGUCAGUUGACUGUUUUAUCUGCAGUUAGUUUAAACCUCCAAUUUAGUAAUUGAUUGGCAUACUUAAAUCCAGCAAAUGUUAAAGCUUGUCUAUCUUAGACUGAAGACCUAAGUCAGUUAUUAAUAAGCUGAUCUCAUCUCAUUAGCAUAUCAUUCCUUUGCUGUAGUACUUGUAAAAAUAUGCAAAAUGUUAUAUGCACAGUUCUGUUAUAUGAUUAAAUGUUUGCUGCAUGUCUUAUUUAAGGCCAAACUGUGUAUGGUAUUUCUCUAAUCUUUUAAGGGAAGAAGUUUAAUCUGUUUAAAUAACACAUAAAAAACCCAUAUAUAUGUAUAUAUUGUAAAAUAUAAUUGAUAAAAAUCAGUUGUAAAAUAUAAUUGAUAAAAAUCAGUUGUAAAGUUGAACUGAUACAAGACAAUUGCCAGCGUCAAGUUUAACAUUUAUUUCAGUCAUACUUUAGGCUAGUCCAGAUUUAUAUAAGCCUUAAUUGUGUGGCUAUAACUUGAAUGACAUUAAAUCAUGUUUGUUAAAAAUUGUGACAACCAGGCACUUACUUUUUGAAUUUAGGUAGGCUAUUCUUUUGUAUCAUUAAAAGUAGCUACAUAUAGAUGCUCUCAUUUGAUUGGAUUGUUUAGUAAUGGAAGUAGCUACAGAUAGAUGAUCUUAAUUGAUUGGAUAAAUUUAUGCAAACUGUUCCCUUUGUUGGUGUAGUUAUGAAUAGGUCAUUGUUUGUUAUUAUAUUGGCAUAGUGAAUGUAGAACUAUUUUUCAGUAUUGUUACUAUAAUAAUAGUAUUUGAAUGCUGGGUCUCAUUAUCGUAUUAAGACACUUCUUAGUGACGUAAUGGUUAAGCCAUCAACCUUAAGGUUGGUACUAAGAAGACCUGACCUAACCAUUAACCGCUGUCCUGGGCAGACAGCUCACAUGGCUGAAAUGUGUGCCCAGGAUAGCGUGUUUGAACCUUAAGCAGAUAUAAAUAAAAAUGAAUCUUGUCUUAUCAGCUUAGCGAAGCUGUGUUUUUAGGACAGCAUACUUUCUUGAACCUUAAGUAGAUCUAAAUAGAAAUGAAUCUCCUUUCAUCAACUUGGCGAAGCUGUAUUUUCAGGACAGCAUACUUGAACCUUAAGUAGAUAUAAAUAGAAAUGAAUCUCAUUUCAUCAACUUAGCGAAGCUGUGUUUUCAGGACAGCAUACUUGAACCGUAACUAGAUAUAAAUAGAAAUGAAUCUCAUUUCACCAAGUUGUGAAUUAAAUGAAUCUCAAUUGGUGAACAACCUAGUCAUGCUAUGUUGCUGAUAUUAGGUUCUAGCAAUACUCUUCUAAACAUUUAUUGAAUGAUCCGUCCAUUGGUCAUUCCUACAUGUAUCUUUCAUCAUUUGAUGUAAUUGUCUUUUCUUGUUAACUGAUAUGAGGUACAGAAUUUUACUCUUACGUCCGUAGUCCGGGACUAAUUUCACAAAACAUCGUACGCCUUUUUUUGCACGUAAACGUAAAUCUACAUCUAAACCACAGUUCUUGUUACUACUAACAAUAAAUCAGAUAUAGUUUAAAACACACAUAUUUCAUUUUCUUUUGUCCUUAAAAUGCUCCAUCUUCCGUAAUGAUGUAACGUUCUGUGUGAAAUAGAUGCUAAACACGUGUAAAUGUAUGGUCGGUAUAACUGCUAGUCGCAGACGUAAAUUUACGAUGUUUUGUGAUGUUUUGUGAAAUUGGCUCGUGAUAUUUAUACCAGUAAUACCAAAGUUUUAGUUGGGUUUUUUGGGGUGGGGGUUUUUCACACCUGGAUUCAUUAGUUGUUGUUGUUGGGGUUUUUUGGGGUUUUGUUUUAAAUAAACUAUUUUUUGUUUGUUUAUUUGAUUGCUGUGGAUUAUAAAAUCAUUAUAAUCAUUACCAGAGGAUAUUUUUAUUUUGCCUGUAUCUGAUGAUGGUAAAUGUGACUGAGUACUAUAGAAAAUCUUACCCUUUUUUUUUGCUUCUUUUUUUUUUUUUUUUUUUUUAAAUCUCAUUUUGCACAGCUAUGCUGAAUGUUUUCCAGUUAGGUAAAUGUAAAUUUCUAAUAAUUUAAUUCUGUACACUUGCCCAAGAGCGUGGAUAUUUUAAAAUGUUAUUAAAUUUUGCCUUCUAGGAAUAUUUUUAUAUUUGAUUCUGAAUACUGAAGUUUUUUUAACAAUUCCUGCUGGCAAUAAUAAUCCUUGAAAUUUGUAAACAAUAUUUUUGUCAGUAAAAAAUUCAUAGCUGUUUUUUUGUUUUUGUUUUUAUUAUUGGAAUAAAAAUGGACCACUAUAUUUGAUCAAAACAAAUUUUCUAGGGCUAUUUUUCAAUCUUUUUAUUCUUUUGGAAGAUUAAUUAACAUUGACAAUAAUUAAGUAAUUUUUAACAAAAGAUAUUAAAAUGUAUAAUCUGGACAAAAAUGGAAUACAGUAAUGAUGGGUUUGGGCAUGCAAGAUUUUUGGGAAGUCAGGACUGUUUUUGCCAGUUUUAGUAGAAUCUCUGUUAUCACAACUAGUUGUGUUUGUUCAUAUACUCAUGCUUACAAGUAUAUAAUAAUAUUAUUUUUCUGUACACUUCUAAAAUAGGUAUUUGGUGCAUAUAUUGUCUUUUAUCUUUUUAGUUUAUAUUCAUUAUAAGUGCGUGUUUAGUUCUAACACUUUUAGUGGGGGUUUUUUGGUAUCCUCCUAUAAUGAAGUUUACAAAUGGUUUUGAUAUGUAAUGAUUGUAUGCUGUGCAGUUGCUGCUAAAAUCAAACAAUGUUUACAGUUGAUAAUGCUUUACGACAGUCUACAUAUCCUCACUGUGAACAACCUAAGUUAUAGUUUUAUUUUGAAUUUCAUGUAUGAUACAAGCUAUACAGAUUUUUGCCUUCCUAAGAUCAUUGCCAACAAAAUUAUAAUUAUGAUACUUUGUUCCUGUAUUCUCAAGGAGUGAGGGAAACAUGCAUGCUUGCACAGAUUUGUCAGUAUUAAACAUACUACAUCGAAACCUCUCAAAACCGGACCCUCUGUAAACUGAAAUUCCCUCAAAACCGAGCAUCAGUCAAGAGAAUAACCCCACUAAACCAGAUACCUCUUAAAACCAGACAUUUUACUUGGUCCUGAGGGUGUCCAGUUUAGAGGGGUUUCACUGUAUAAUAGAAGAAACGGUUGUCUUCUGGGGAUGAGAAAAUAGUUUGAUACAUGUCAGUUCCAUUAUUUGCCUUAAAGCAAUGGAGAGAUCUAUGUUUUUCUUUUACAGGUAAUGCCGUCUUUGUUGGCACACCUAGUCAUAUUAAUACCAUCAGCCAAAGAUUUAUAUAGACACAAUAAAACAGUGUCCUCUAGGAUAUUGGAUAACCAGAUUUUAGCAUCAGAUUUAUAGCCAAAAAGUAAUUGUAUGUAACUGUCUCAUUUAAGGCAAUAUCACUGCACUUCAGUUCUGAAUAUUUAUAUAUAUAUAUAUAUUAUAUAUAUAUAUAUAUAUAUAUAUUGAAUAUUUAUAUAUAUUGAACAGUUUAGUUCAACUUUACUGAAGUAAAUUGGUCACUUAACAUUACAGUUUUUUGGAAACAUUUACACAGGGCUUAUACAAUUAAAUUAUGAAUAUUUAUAUACAUGCUAUAUAAGGAACGACACUUUGUGAGUACAAUCAACAAGUUAUAAAGCAGUUUGUAUGUGUUAUGGUUUGUAUAUUUUCUUGAACAAACUCUUAGUUUUAGUCUUAUUAUGCACUUGUCCAAGCCAGCAUAACAUUUAAAUAUUUACAAUAGCUUGCAUACUGUUUAUUUAAACAUUAUUAUGUUGCUUAUUAUUGGUCUGGUGUUUCUGUUUUCUAAAAUCAGGUUGUUAACUACAAAACUUGUUCAGUUAAACAUCUACAUACUUUUACAAGUGAAGAGUUCAUUUCUGAAACCCGAUAUACACCAGUUUCAAAAUGUUGGAACUAGUAGUGUAGUGAAGGUAUACUGAUCUGCGUUCAGCCAGACCGAGCAGAAAAACGUUCGCUGGACUGGUUUAUGCGCUUUACGGUGAACCAAAUGGCCAUAUUGAGAACCAAUCAAACAGUUCGCGAACGUUAGCGAAACGUUUGCUGGCUGAACUUGGGGCUGAUGUUAGUACAGCUCAACAAUAAAGUGUCCCAUCAAAUGUGAUUUAUGCCCAUUGAACACGGGACUUCUAGAAUUUGUUUUAAAUCCACUAGCAAUGUGAUCAGUGAUUUAAAACAUUUACAAGCCUUUCUUUACUUUAAGUUAAUACAAUCUUACUAAAUAAUAGUAAUAGUCAGAUAUGUCACCUGUAGAGGGAGAUACAUGUAGAGCCUAAAAACACUAACACUGGGGGUUGGAGUGGGCUCAGGAUAUUGAUAUUUACAAAAUAGACUUAACUGCAACAUAUGACAAAAAACUAUCACUAGCCGUCGGGCAUGGCAAUAGUAGUUAUUUACUAGCCCCAACAUUGAAUAACACUAGCCUUGGGAGUGGGGCUACCAUAAUCUAGAAGCUCUGUCUGGCAUGGCAAUAGUAGUUAUUUACUAGCCCAACAUUGAAUAUCACUAGCCAUGGGAGUGGGGCUACCAUAAUCUAGAAGCCCUGAUUGAACAGGAACUUAAGACUUUGCUUCAUGUGAUAGGCAAGUUUUCAUGGUGCAGUAAAAUCAUGUUUUUUUCUCUCAAAAUGACAUAAAUGGAUAAAUUACAUUGUUUUGGAAAUGAACUCUUCAAGUAUAUCUGUGAAGAGAUAUAACCGUCAAUAAAAUGUGUUGAGUGCCUCAUUAAAUGAAACAUUUCCAUCCUGUGAAGAGACUUUCCGCAAUGUGCUGUCAUUGCAACUAACCUCUUUCAAACCCAUACUAAAACAACCUUUAUAAUCAUUAAAAUAGCAUAUUAAAAAUACUUUUCUGGUUUA